AUGGCCGCCACGGUCAUGUUGUUCGCGCGAACCAUUCAGCUGAGACUGGAGCGGGCUGCGACUUGCUACCACAUCUUCGACCCCCGCCACUGGUUUAACGUCGAUAGCCAUCUCGACUUGAACUUGUGCAUCGGAUAUCAGGGCGGAAACUUGAUUCCUGGAAAUCACUACACUGAGUCAUGCGCCCAGUGCUUCCUGAUCGACACUUUCCUCCAGUGCGGCUGCGGUGGCCCGUCUCCGGCCGCUCACAAGUCUGGUAUCAAUCUCGAUGAGUUCAUCGAGAACAGCCACGGAGUACUCAAGUGCUUUGGAAACACUGGAAUCGAUGACGACAGAGUGCCUCACACGGCAAAUGUCACCGCGACUGCCAACACGACUUGCGCCGGCGAUAACGCCUCGUUCUGCCCUAACAUCGACGUCCACGAGGGAUAAAUGAAGCGGGCAACCUUCUGUCGACAGCCUGUACGGAAACGGCUGAGAUGCGUGCUUAUCUAGCUGUCGUUCGACGUUCCUGUACCGUGGGUGGGUAUCGGUAUCAUAAGUGGAUUAUAUCAACGACUGGGUUCGCCAUCUUCAAACGAUGUUCCAGAAUGAAUUCCUUAUAAUCCUCGAGGAUAUCGGCAUGUUUUUUUUCUUUUCUUCAUCUUUUCUCCUGUCAGUUGUUAAUAGGUCAUGGGCGCUGACAAUGUCGCGAAUGGGAGGUUAAUG